AUGGCUGAUGGAGUUUAUGAAGUGAUUGCACUGAAAAAUAAUAAACUAAUUGACUUAGAUUGGCAUAUAGAAAGACUUUUUCGCUCUCUUAGCGAAAUAGAAAUUAAAUUUAGUUAUAGCAAAAAGCAAUUACAAGAAAUUAUUGGAGAAUUAUUUAAACAGAACAAUCUAAACGAAGGCUCUGUCUAUUUGCAAAUUACUAGAGGCUGCGCACCGAGACAACAAACCUUUCCGGAAAAUUAUGUUCCAACAGUUAUCGCAACGGUUUCCUCUCUUCCAAUAAUUAAAGCUGAAAGUUUAGAAGAUGGUUUUACUGCAAUUACGCAUCAAGAUAUCAGAUGGCAAAGAUGCGAUAUAAAAUCAACAUCUUUACUAGCAAGCUCUUGGAUAAAAAACAAAGCGAUUUCUUUAGGUGCUGAUGACGCAAUUUUGAUUAGAGAUGGAUAUGCUUCUGAAGCAACAUUUUCAAAUGUUUUCAUAGUUGAUAAAAACGAUAAUUUAAUUACUAGAAACGCUGACAACUUUAUUUUAUGUGGAAUUACUAGAAACAGAAUAAUCGAUUUAGCAAAAAAGAACAAUAUUCCAGUGAUAGAAAAAAAAUUUAGUGUUCACGAAAUGUUACAAGCAAGUGAAGUAUUUUUAACAAGUACCACAUUAUCAGUAAGACCAUUUUCUAAAAUUGAUGGACAUAUUAUAGGUGAAGGAAAAGUUGGAAAAAUUACCUUAAAACUUCUCUCUCUAUAUAAACAAUUCAGCAGCUAA